AUGUUGGGCGAAGGAAGGGCCGCUCCCGGCCAGCGCAGCCCGCCGGAGCUGCCGCCCAAACGGGGGUCGGGUCUUUGCAAGUCGGCGCUGGUCGCGGAGCAGGCGGUGCGGGGCCUGGUGCUGGUGCCCACCAAGGAGCUGGCGCGGCAGGCGCUGCGGAUGCUUCGGCGGCUGGUUGCCUACUGCGCCCGGGACGUGCGCGCCGUCGACCUGGCCGGCCCGGCGGACCUCGGCGCCCAGAGACCCCUCUUGAUGGAGAAACCAGAUGUAGUGAUAGGGACACCAUCGCGGGUUUUGGCACAUCUACAAAUGCAAAGCUUGAGACUGCAGGAUUCCCUGGAAAUUUUGGUGAUGGAUGAAGCUGAUCUGCUUUUUUCAUUUGGCUUUGAGGAAGACUUGAAGAAUCUCCUCUGCCAUUUGCCCAAGAUCUACCAGACCUUCAUCAUGUCAGCUACCUUCAGUGAGGAUGUGCAGGCGCUGAAGGAGCUGGUGCUGCACAACCCUGUGACUCUCAGGCUGCAAGAAGCACCAUUGCCAGAUAGCUCCCAACUGAGCCAGUUCCAGAUCCAGUGCGAGACUGAAGAGGACAAAUUCCUGCUGCUGUACGCACUCCUAAAGCUUUCAUUGGUGCCGGGAAAAGUUCUCCUCUUUGUCAACAGGAUUGACCGCUGCUACCGCCUCAAACUUUUCCUGGAGCAGUUUGGGAUUGCUGCCUGUGUGCUCAACUCAGAGUUGCCUGCUCAGUCCCGAUCCCACAUCAUCAGCCAGUUCAAUCGGGGCUUCUACAAUUACAUCAUUGCAACAGAUGAGCAGGAUCUGGCAGAACCAGAAGGGACUAGCAGGAGGAGGAAGAAGGGCACCAAAGCAGAAAAGGGCAAAGAUCAGGAAUAUGGGGUCUCACGUGGCAUUGACUUCCAGAAUGUGUCUGCCGUCUUCAACUUUGACUUCCCUCCUUCUUUUGAAUCCUACAUCCACCGAGCAGGCAGGACAGCCCGUGUUCACAACCCAGGCACUGUCCUGACCUUCGUCUUGCCCUCUGAGGGCCUUCUGCUGGCCAAGAUCGAAGAGGUGCUUACAGCCGAGAGCAGAACCAAAUACACCUUGAGGCCUUACCAGUUCCGGAUGGGGGAGAUCGAGGGACUCCGCUACCGCUGUCUGGAUGCCAUGCGUUCAGUCACCAAGCAAGCUAUCAAAGAAGCUCGACUCCGUGAAAUCAAAGAAGAAUUGCUCAACUCAGAGAAACUCAAGACCUACUUUGAAGACAAUCCCCGGGAUCUGAAUUUGCUGCGCCAUGACAAGCCCCUUCACCCAGCAGUCAUUAAGCCCCAUCUGCGUAAUGUGCCAGAAUACUUGGUGCCUCACAGUCUCCAGCCAGCAGUUCGUCCCCUGACUGGGAAACGCAAGCGGCGGAAGUACCUGACCUCCACUAGCAAGGGCCAGCAGAACCCGUUACGCAGCUUCAAGAACACCAAGAAGAAAUUGCGGACCUCGGCCAAGCUCACAUGAGCGACCGGAGCACUUGGUUCCUACCAGCUGCAGAAUGAGUGAUAUUUCUAGAGAGACCAGGAGGGUGUCUGAUCACGGUUCCUCUGUCCCCCAUUCUGAUUCUUGACAGAAUAUGACCGUUUCUGAAAAGGUGGAAACCACUGAAGUCCUGACAGUGCAGUUUCCUCAGCGGUUUUCAUUUCGGAGGCGUCAGACGUGCAAUAAAACUCCUCUGUUCUGUUUUCAGUGUUUUUAAGAGUCCCUUGGCUCAUCUUGCCAAACUGCCCCUUACUUAACCAUGGCUUGUUAAAUAAACUACAGUUGGCUGGGUUCAUACAGCCUGCCAAGUCAAAACAAACCAUUUGAGGACAUAGCUUGUUGUGUUAAUUUCUGACUUUUACUGCAUUAAAUGCUCUCGUGCAUGAGGAACUGAGUGGAACAGGUAGACGCAGUGGGGGAAGGGCAGUCCCGCAUGCUUCAUGCUGCGAAGGGCUCUUCAGGCGAUAAGCAGCACCUUGAAUUUUGCCCGGAAGCACCCUGGGGGCCAGUACAGUUCAUGGAGCAAAGGUGUAUAAAAUCUCUCUCUAAAUAAAGUCUACAUGCAUUG